CGUGCGCCGGGCUCGGCUCAACUCGGGCUCGGGAGGAGGAGGCAGGAGCUGCUGCUGCUCAGCUCUCUGCGGGAGAAGCAGCCGCCGCCGCCGCCGCCACUGCUGCCUGGGGCAUCCUCCUCCUCUUCCUCUUCCUCCUCUUCCGCCUCCCCCGUGCCUCCUCCCCGCUUUCCUGCCUUACAGCCGCCCUGUUCCCUUCCCCACCUCGCCCCAUCGGGAGCCGCCUUUGGGUCUUCUCCCCUCUGUGUCUUCCUCCCCCCUCCCACCGCCCGGCGGGAACCGGGGGACCCCCGGGGGCGGCUGCCGCUGCUGCUGCCGGAGGGGGGACGGGCUGCGAUGAGGUUGGUCCAGAGAUGCCGGUCCCCUUCUUCCACCCUCUCCUCCUCCUCCUCCCCAGGGGCGGCGGCGGGGGCGGGGGGCGGCGAGAAGCAGGGGCUGGCCCCUCCUGGGAAGAACCCCUUCGUGCACGACCUGCGCUUCACCCCGUUGCAGAAAGUCCAGAUUGCCUUCAUGACUUUGACCCUGUUUCCAAUUCGACUUUUGUUUGCUGCAUUUAUGAUGUUACUGGCCUGGCCAUUUGCAUUUGUAGCUUCACUGGGAUCUACUGAGAAAGAACUUGAAAAGCCUCUGGCUUUAUGGAGAAAGGUAGUGGACUUUCUGCUGAAAGCCAUCAUGCGGACAAUGUGGUUUGUUGGUGGCUUUCACUGGGUGACUGUCAAGGGCAGACAGGCCUUACCGACAGAAGCCACAAUCCUGACUCUAGCCCCGCAUUCCUCCUAUUUUGAUGCCAUUCCUGUAACGAUGACCAUGUCCUCUAUCGUGAUGAAGGCAGAAAGCAGAGACAUUCCUAUUUGGGGAACUCUGAUAAAGUAUAUACGACCAGUAUUUGUAUCCCGAUCUGACCAGGAUUCUCGAAGGAAAACUGUUGAAGAAAUUAAAAGACGUGCACAGUCUAAUGGCAAAUGGCCACAGAUAAUGAUAUUCCCAGAAGGAACUUGCACUAACAGGACCUGCCUCAUUACCUUCAAAGCUGGUGCUUUUAUUCCUGGUGUUCCUGUUCAACCUGUAGUUUUACGAUAUCCAAACAAACUGGAUACAAUUACCUGGACGUGGCAAGGACCUGGAGCGUUGAAGAUUUUAUGGCUUACCCUAUGUCAGUUUCAUAAUUUUGUGGAAAUUGAGUUUCUUCCAGUAUAUACACCUUCAGAAGAAGAAAAGAAAAAUCCAACAUUGUAUGCAAAUAAUGUGAGACGCAUAAUGGCAAAGGCCUUGGGAGUUUCCGUAACAGAUUACACAUUUGAAGACUGCCAGCUGGCAUUGGCUGAAGGACAACUUCGUCUCCCUUCAAACACCUGCCUUUUAGAAUUUGCCAAGCUUGUGAGAAGCCUUGGGUUAAAACCAGAAAAACUUGAAAAAGAUCUGGAUAGAUAUUCAGAAAGUGCUAAGAUGAAGAAUGGAGAAAAAAUUAGUCUUUCAGAAUUUGCUGCAUACAUGGAAGUCCCAGUUUCUGAUACAUUGGGUGACAUGUUUGCUCUGUUUGAUGAGGAUGAAAGCGGUAACAUUGACCUACGGGAAUAUGUCAUUGCUUUAUCUGUAGUAUGUAGACCAUCCAAGACUUUGGAGACAAUUCAGCUGGCUUUUAAGAUGUAUGAAUCACAAGAAGAUGGAAGCAUAAAAGCAGAGGAUUUGGCUUGCAUUCUGAAGACUGCCAUAGGUGUUGCAGAGCUUAAUGUAACUGAUCUUUUUAGAGCUAUAGAUGAGGAAGAAAAGAAGAAGAUCACAUUUGCUGACUUCAGCAGGUUUGCCGAAGUAUACCCAGACUUUGCAGAAGAAUAUUUAUAUCCAGAUCAAGCAAGUUUUGAAAGCUGUGUUCAGACACCCUCUGCUCCAACCCCUAAUGGUUUCUGUACUGACUUCAGCCCUGAAAAUAUUGAAGAUGAGAGGAACCCCUUUGAGAAGAAAUUGAACUAAUACUGAAACAUCAUCUCCUUCUCCUGGUGAAGAGGAGAAGCCCCUGCCUAGGUUCCAUUAUCAUUCCAAUACACACAUGACAAUAUAUACUCCCUGUUAUUUGUGUGAGAAUUUCCCAUUUUGCUUUUUCUCCCAUACAAUGUAAAUUUAUUCUCUUCAAACUUGUCUGGAAAGAUUUGGGUUUGGGUUUUGUUGUUGUUUGUUGUUGUUGUUGUUGUGUCUUUGUAAAAAGUCUGUGAGCGCCGAGACUGUGAAUGUGCUACCUUCCUUGUACUGUAUGUGUAUUUGAAAAGAAGUCACAUACUUAUUUAUAUUCCAUUGUUUAAUUUCAUGUACAAAGUGUCUUAGGGAGUGUGCACGUAAAAAGAAUCAUGUAGCUGCUGUGGUCUUAAGUGCACUUUGGUGAUUAGCAUUUUUCUGUGUUUGAGGACAGUUAAGUUCAGGCUGUCUUCAGUACUGAAUUCAACAAAUUAUGCAAAGGAGGUUGUUUGGUUUAGUUUAUGUAGUAUUUGGAGGGCACAACGUGGUCUAAAAAUCUGGUUUUGAAUUUUCAUUAAAACUUUGCAAAUGGUCCUUUAUGUUGUCGAUUCCAUGGUAGUAAAAAAAGUUAGGGAGCUCUGACCCCAAGACACUCUUUGUCUACACUUGAAAAUUUUAAUUUGUUGUGUGUGUUUUGGACCUACUAUAAAAGAUCUGCUACCUUUCACAAAUAUAGAAUGUGGAGGAUGCAUUUUCUGUUUUCUAUGUGUGUCUAAAUCUGUGUGGGAGCUUGUAAAUGUUUUUAUAAUCUUCAUUUAGAUACUUCAGGAAACAUUCAACACUUUUAUGAAAGGGAGACUUAUUUUUCUACGUUUUUUUUUCCCCUGUCAGAGUGUGUGGGUAAUAUUUAAUUAUAGUUCUGGUUUUUUUCAUAUUAUAUAUACUAAGUUCUUGGUUUCAGCUGUUUUAGAAUUCCAAAUAGACUUCUACUGAGGCAAAUUAUACUAGCCAUUUGAAGUCUAUUGACCCAUAAAGGUACUCUUAACAGUUUCGCCCCUAACCAAAACUAUCUUGUCUGUUUCCACUAGUUGUGUGUUAGGAUUCCUAUUCGGUGGAUUUUUUUUUUCAUAUCGACAACUUUAGGAUUCUGUUGUAAAUUGGUUUAAUUCAAUAUAGAUUAAUCUCUGAUCAAAGUAUUUGUAUACAGCUGAAAAUCUUAUAAGGUAAAAAAAUGAAAGAUAAUUUCUUUCUAAAUGAAAGGAGUUCAGCGAAUUCCAGGUUACUGUAUUAUUUUACUUCAAUAAACGGCAACAUGUUUGGAGUAGAAAGAUAAAUAUCUUCUCAAACUUUUUUUUUGUGUGAAAUUGGUUUGGCUUCCCCCUCUCCCAAUUAGUUAUUGUUUAUGCACAUAGGUCUUUCUUAAGCUUAGGGGCUAGGCAUAGGUGGAGGGAAAAUGAGCUAGGAAUGUUUUUCCUAUCCAUUCAAUCUUCCAACAAAGAGAAAUCUGUCUGUCAGCAUGGUGUCAAAACAUAGCUUGUCCUGUAGAACAGAAUAAGUAAAGUAGCAUAAAGAGUCUGGAGUUUGGUUUGCAGUCACUGGUGCAGCCUUAUUCAGUUGCCAUGUUAGCUGUCCCCAUUCUAAAAUGUUGAAUCCUAAGUGUCACUUGGUAAAACUGAUAUCGAAAUUCCUUCAUAUCGGGGGAAAAACAGUUUUACUGGGAUAUGUGGAUAGAAAUAUAUAUAUAUAUAUUUUUUAAUUGUUCUCUUUGUGUCAGAGAGAUAAAAUACAAGAGUGAUGCUUCCAGGAAGUUUGGAGGACAGAAUAAUUUGGUUUCCCUGUUGAUCCUAUUUGUGGUACAUGAUUUUGCAUUUCUUUAUAGCCAAAAUUAAGCAAAAAUUCAUUCUUGAAGCCCAGUAAUUGGUUACAUGUUCUAGCAUGUUUCCUAAACGCAUAUAUACAUAUAUAUAUAUGUGCGUGCACACACACGUGCACACACCCCUCUGGACUUAUUUGAAAUAAUGUAGUUGUUUUCAUUUAUAAACAGAACUGGAUUUUUUAUCUUAGCCAUCUCUUCACAAAAUGAAUAUCAUAGCCAAGAAAAUAGAACAAAAGUCUCAUUUUCAUUAAGGAUUUUUAAGUUAGAUGUUGGGUUUUUUUUUUCCUUUCUACCAGGGAGAAUUUUUAGAACUUUACAAUUUUCAGUCCUAUUUAGAUGAUCAGUUAAAUUUUUUCCUGAAUUUUGCUCAUUUGUGUAUAAGAAUAUAGAUUUCUAUUUUUUAUUCAGAUCAAGGGUGAAAUAAGUCUACUAGAGUGAAUUUCAGAGCCUCAUAGCAUAUACUGGACACAAAACAACCCAGAUGUGGUCUGAGUAGCUAAAAGUUACUAGCAGAUAUUUUAUAUAGUGAAUAAAUAUUCAUUGUGUCCUUUUAAAGAGAGAAAGAUCCAAUGUUCAAAUAUGAUAUUUUUUAAAUGGUAAAUGAAAGAGGUUAAUAGAACUGAGAUCCUGAGGGGAAGGGACCAAAAAAAAAAGCCCAAUUCUGAAGUUGCCUCAAUUCUUUCAGGUCUGUAUAUGAAGUGAUUUUUGUAUGAUAUAUGCCAUUGGGCAUUUUCAGAAAAAAAAAUCUCUGAUCCACAGACUUGUACAGAAUGUUUGUACCUCCUGAUUCUCUGUUUUUCUUAUGUAAUAACGCUAAAUAGUUCAUGUGCAUUCAGAACUGUGAAUGUAGAUAAUCUUAUGGUAAAUAAUUCUUUUUGUCAGGUCGGAGAGAAAGGAGAGCUUUAAUACUUUUUAUGCUACCAUGGUUUUGAAAACCAGGAUUAGCAGGCAUGAAACAGCUGUUGAAGCCUGUGAAUGUAUAUGUUGGGAGGGUGGGGGAAUAAACGGGAACGGUCAUGUCCAUUUUGUCAUUGUCUAUCAUAAAAAUAAUUUUGAAUUUUAAAUGUUGAAGAAAUAAAAUGUAAAAAUCUUAUAUACUUAA